ACAUUCCAACCAGUCAUAUAUUUUAAUUUGUUAAUUGUCAAAUUAAUUAAAUUAAUUAACAAUGGCUCCAGCAUCAUCACCAAUAACAAGUGAAAAACUUGAUAAACCAUCAAGAGGAAUAAAUGCUGUAUUAUUAGGACCACCUGGUAGUGGAAAAGGAACACAGGCACCUCUGUUUAAAGAACGUUAUUGUGUUUGUCAUUUAUCAACUGGUGACAUGUUACGUGCUGAAAUACAAGCUGGAUCAAAAAUUGGUGCUGAAUUAAAAAAGAUAAUGGAUGAAGGAAAAUUGGUCAGUGAUGAUCUUGUUGUUGAUAUGAUUGAUAGUAAUUUAGAUAAACCAGAAUGUAAACGUGGAUUUUUACUUGAUGGUUUUCCACGUAGUGUACCACAAGCUGAAAAACUUGAUCAAAUGUUGAGUAAAAGAAAAACAAAACUAGAUGCUGUUAUUGAAUUUGGAAUUGAUGAUAAUUUAUUGGUACGAAGAAUAACUGGACGUAUGAUUCAUCAGCCAAGUGGUAGAUCAUAUCUACCAUUGAUCAAACGAUCUGAUGAUAAUGCUGAGAUUCAAUUACAUGCUGGUUAA